AUGGGGACUAGAGCAUUUGCGCACGUCGGCGUGGAUUACGCAGGUCCCGUGAAAGUUCACGCAUCCUGCGUGCGAGGCGUAAAGACCACAAAGGGAUACAUCGUAGUUUUCGUGUGCAUGGCCACAAAGGCCGUCCAUUUGGAACUCGCCAGUGAUUUAUCUACCAACACCUUCAUUGGCGCACUGAAGCGGUUCGUAUCGAGGCGUUCGCACCCGAACGAGAUGUGGUCCGACUGCGGCACAAACUUUGUGGGAGCAGACACGUGGCUGAAGGAGAUUCGAGGUGCGCUGGAGAAGCACAACGUAGCUGCUAACCGGUUCCUGACUAAUUUGGGCAUCAAAUGGGUGUUCAAUCCACCAUCAGCACCGCACCGUGGUGGGCUCUGGGAGGCCGCGGUAAAGAGUGCAAAGAAGCAUCUGGUCGCGGUGCUAGGAUCCGACGCAGCUACAUUUGAGGAACUUUCAACGGUGCUGACGCAAGUAGAGGCAUGCCUCAAUUCACGUCCGUUGUGCCCACUUUCGGUGGACCCGGAUAGCUACGAAGCAUUGACACCUGGUCACUUCUUAGUUGGACAACCGCUAAACCUCAUCCCAGAACCAGGUGUGCAGCACCUCCCGAUGAACCGCUUGGACAAGUGGCAAUUGGUACACAGACAUACGACGGAUAUUUGGAGCCGUUGGCGUGAUGAAUAUCUCGCUCACCUGCAGCCAAGAACGAAGUGGAGGACGACCGAGACCAACGUAAAGGAGGAUCAGCUGGUGCUGGUCAAAAACGACAACGCACCGCCGACUCAGUGGGAGUUGGCCAGGAUUGUGAAGCUGCACCCGGACGCAUCUGGAGUGGUCCGGACGGUAACGCUGCGACGAGGUCAAGCGGAGUACUUGCGCCCCGUUCAAAAGAUCUGUGUACUACCAACUGAUUGA